AUGGCGCUGCCCAGUGAUCGUGAUCUUGUGGCGUUGGUUCGCACCACUUGUCAGACGCGGUCUGAGCUACCAGCCAGUCCUGCCGAGUAUGCGGCCUUUCGAGACGAGCUUUCUCAAGCCUUGGGCGUGGAUGUGGAUCGUAAACGGCGCCUCAUCCGACAAACUGUGGAAGCCUUUCGACAGGAGGAAGCCGUGUUGGCUCAAGUCGGCAUUACCGACUUUGCUCUCGACAAUCUUGGCAAUCUAGCCAGGGAUUGCACCCGUGAGGAUCAUGCACCUCGGCCUGAACUGGAAUACUCUGCCAUGCAGCAGUGGUCGACCGGUGUGCCAUCAAUAUCACCGCCGCAGUCCCAGUCAUUUUCACCAACUACGCCGCCGUUGUCCGAGCCGGGCCGCAAUGCUACGAAGGUUGAUGCGGGUACUCAGAUCCACAGCUCGGACCAUUCCCCCCCGGACUCUUCUGAUGAAGCGGAUCACAGUGGACCCACUUCACCAGAUCCUCAUUUCCAGCCGCUUGGUGCUGCAUCGCUGAUCGACGAGCUUGACGAGGAGGACGAGGAACUAGCCUUCUACCGCCUUGAUGCCAACAACUCCGAUGACCGCUUGCUAGAAAUCGAAGAGCAGCACCUUCAGGAAACUCUUGCGCUUUCUGAACAGCUUCAAACCCUGCGCACGCAGCUCCAACAGGCCAAGCUGGAGGCGGAAACCGCCUUGAAAGCGCUGCGCACACAGGUCAAGGCCAAAAUGGAGGCUGAACGUCGCGCACAGCAUUUGAGUGAGGAGCUAGAGCUGCUCACGAUGGAGCGUGAGGUGGACGUGCGGGCUCUGGUGCUCCGUCAUGAGGCAGAAAGCCAGGCCUACCAAGCUGCACAGACAGCCGAGGUUGAAGCACUGCAGCAGGAACUCGAGCUUGAGCGUGCUCGAAAUCUACAACUCCAACAGCAGCUCGAUGAGCGUCUCUGGAACGCCGAACACCAGGCCCAGCUGGAGGCCUUACCUUGGCGCGAAACCGCGGAGCGACUUUUGCAUGCCGAAACUCGUGUUGAAGUGACUCGUGUUGGCCAACAUCUUGUGCAACUCCUAUCCCAGCACAACGUGACACAGACCGACCGGCAACUGGCUGGUCAAUUGUACACCCGUUUUGCCAAGUACGUUGCUCGACAAUGCCUCCAAAAAUGUUGCCAGGGCUUUAAAGCAGCACCAGAUGGGUUGCCCUCGUCUUCUGAUGGCCAAAUUUAUUGUUUCAGGCUAUUGCGAGACACGCAUGGUUCCCUGCUGCUGGUGCAAGCCACCGUCUACCUCUUCCACUUGCCCGACUGGUUAUUGCUGGCAGCCAAGGAUGACUUGUUCCAGGUUUUGCUGGCAGCCUUGCGAGAAGCGCAGUCCGCAGAUCACCGCUUCCGCCCGACAUUGGACCAACGACAAACAGCCGCCACAGACAUUUGGGCUUUGGCUCUUCUUGCCGCGGAGGUGUGCUGCGUGCCUUUGCAAGACUGCUCCAAAUUCGUGUUGACCAUAUUUAUUCAUGUCUUUUGUGCCCCUCUGUCGAUCUCUAUGCAGCAAGCGCCGCGCGUGUUUCGCCAAGUUUUGGCAGCUUCUGGCUUUGCGGCCUUGCUUGCGUUGUUGGUGAGGUCAUUGAAGGGAAUUGGCUCCUCUGAUCCCAACUUGAAAUGGGCAUCGCAAUUCUUGCAACGGGUUGUCCGUCACUUGGAUGUGGACGACACGGUGCAAGACACCCUUUUGCACACGGACAUUCUGCCCACGUUGAUCGACGUGCUCACUUUGUCGCACAACAACCUUGUGCUGGCCACUGUCCGCGUGUUGACCCAGCUGGCGGGCGAGCCGGGCAACGCGAGUCAGAUCUUGCGCAGCGAAGCCAUGUCUAAUCUAUUGCAAUGCAUUGCAGCCCACCAAGUAUCAGCGCCCCUCGAACUUCUUCUGUUGCUCUCGCGUGUGCCAGAAUUUGGACCCUCUUUUCGAAUUCACGAUGGCUAUGAUAUCCUCUUGCGAGCGCUACCCGCUUUUGCGCCGCAAGAGCAUAUACGGGUGGCCGAGGUCUUUGUUAACGCGCUCAGUCAGCAUCCAGACGAUAUGGACGUGUGUGCGGAUCCCACCUUAGCUCAUGCCAUCUUCAGUGUUCUUGACGUCCACAACCCCGACACUGCGCUCAUCUACCGUAGCCUGGACGUCUUAUCGACUCUUCUUUCUGAGCAACCUCAGAUUGGUCACGCUCAAGCUGCGACUCAGCUCAAGCCUUUGUUCAAGGGCCUUGCUCCGAUGCCCACGCCUGAGUUGCAUGGUCGCACCGCACAGGCCUUGUUGUCCAUGGUGGAGGAGAAUGAAGCACAACUGGAGAUUCUGCUUCCGUCACUUGCCCCAGUGUUGUAUGGCUUGGUGUGCCCGCGCUACGUGGCCGGCGCACCUCUGACUUGUAGCUUGCAAGAGCUUGAAGGUGGCACGGGUGAAGAACAAGCCUUGCAUCAUCAUUCCGCACAGCUUUGCGAAGGACUGUUGGAAAAGUUCUUGGCUCAAAGAUCAACUCUAUCAGUAGAAGCAGCUGCGACGUUGCUUCCACUGGCAGGCCAACUGAUAUGCUCUGGAAGCGUCAAGGGCCCGGCUAGCGAACUAGUGGCGCGCGCCAUGACGCAACACCUUGAAACCAUGACCGAGGAUUCGAGCUCAACGAGUUUGCCAGCUGGUGCAAAUGUCUUGCGCAUAAUGGUUCACAGCCACACCUUGCUGGCUGUUCUCGCGUUGAUGCAGAGAGAUAAUAUUCUUUUUCAACUGGGUUCGUACAGGCCUCGUUUUUCUCUGCACAAGGCAAUGGGAGCCGACUUUUUGCAAGCCUGUCUUUUCGACAAAGACCUGAACAUCCGCAGUCAAGCGUUUGAACAAGUAGGUCUGACCAAUGUGGUUCAGGUAUUGGCCGUGUGUGAAGACGAGGGCCACAAGGCGGGCUUGGUGGCUCAUAUCAUCGAGCUGUUUGAGGCGGAAGACGUCUGUGAUGAUGUCGUUCACAAUGGCGCCAUCACCAGCUUAGUGGCAUUGGGUGAGGUUGCUGGUGAUAUGCUGGACCUCCACCUGUUUGCGGCAAUUAUGCAGCGCGUCGCAAGCCACAGCACACGUAUUCGAAGAUCUGUUUGCCUUUGUCCGGCUUAUAGCUUGGUGCGCCUGGGUGCCUUUCGCGUUGCCGUGGAGCUCUACGGACACGGCCACCUCUUUUCAGACGUCGACCUUUUUGACGAUGACAAAUCUGCCGCAUUGCGGGAGCAGGUCGAACUGGUACAAGCUUGUUUGCAAACCUUUCUCGGCUGGUGCGAAGAGUUGGCCGCGGCUUUGCUGACCGAGGGUUUGGAGCCCAUUCUGUUGCAACUCGUGGCCCGAACGGAUGACGAUCCAUUGCGUUCGGCCACACUGCGCUGUCUGCGCUGCGUCACGGAGCAGGGUGGUGCGACGGCCCUCCUGCACGCAAAUCCAUCGCUGGAUAUUCUGCUCAAUUUGUUGAGUGUGCGGGCUGGGCGACCGUCUGAAGCAACUCUGCUGGCGCACUCUUGUCUCCUUAGCCUUCUUUGGCAUGGUGGCACAGGGUCAACCGAUGCAUCUGACUCACACAGCUCAAAGGACGUCAAAUCCAGCUUGGCAGUUGCGCUCGCCGAUCAAAGUUUUCUCAAUCUCUUGCUUGCGGGUUUACAGCAGUUGCAGGGGCGAUGUGGCGCUGCCGACUCCACCGCCAUUGAGAUAGACCCGCCUCAGAUUGAUGAUGACGAGCGGCGGUCGCUUUGGGUGUUGUCGACGUACGUUGUGUCAGCUUCAAAGCAGGAGCACCAGCACCUCAUUUUCCAAGGUUUUCUUGAGGUUGUUUUGGAGCUGGAGGAACUUUGUGCUGUAGUUGAAGUGCAGCGCUACUGCCGCCUCAUAGUUGGACAUUUGGUGCCUCAUGGCCCAGGCGAUAGCCUUGUCUCGCGCAUGGAGAUCUUGCGAGCCCAAUUUCGUCAUGCUCAGGACAAGCCAAAUCUUCUGCAACGACUCACAGCACUGCCCGGUGACCAAGACGCCCCUAACGCAGCUGUCCUGCAAGAUUAG